AUGGCUUCCUCGCACCAAGGUAUUCCUACACUGCCAAGCAGCCUUCACGUUGCGGAGAUAUCCAGACACCCUCAAAGCAGUACUUACCGCCUACCACGGAUUCAGGGUACCGCAGAAGAAGCGAAGCAUGUCCAGCCCCGUACGCCUGUAACACCAGACCAGAGAUGGCGUCGACCCAAUCGGAUACUGGAUAGCCACAACACUGACAUUGUUGCGGACCGCUCUAUUACUCUACUACGACCUUCAGAUGCCCCAACGCUGCCACCUGCUUCGCCUUCCAGCAUAGCAAACACCCGCAUUCGUCGUUCCCAACAUGGCUUGACGCUUCUACAGUCCCCUGCUCGCGCGGGACAUACUGCGCGUAUGAGGCAGAUAUUCGAAGACGCUGGCCAUGAAUGCCGCACGACGCGACAUGAUCAGGGUGGAUUAUACCCACAGCUACCAAAUAUAUCCAGGAAGGCCUCGCCACCACUAUUCCACAACGGAUCAGUCCAACGAGCAGCGCCAUGUGUUUCGCCAGAUCGCCCACCGGCAUUUUCGUGCCCCUUAACGGGUGUACCUCUAGUCGUACCUCAACCGCAACAGUCACAGGCCAAUCUUUCGAGUAUGUCUGAGAGAACCUCGGGGUCGUGGUCGGAUGAUUCUGGCUACUUCGUCGCAAACUCACGGGGCCAAGCGUUAACCCCCUCUAUUUCACCCGAGGAUCGAAUCUACGAUUGGCUUCUGAGGGUCUCCAGGGUUGGAUCGAAUGCGACCGAAGAUGCAAUUGUAGAUCACAGUGACGAAGAUCGCGGAAGCCAUCAUGCAACGCAGGCCUCAAUUGAUGUACAAGAGUUCACCACUAAGCCCGAAAAAAUAGAUACAGAAAGGCCUGCUCAACACCCGGGCCAGCACCUUCAAGGGUAUCAGCUGUUUGUAUAUAACCAGACGAAGAGCCUUGACCCGUUCAUUGGCGACGACAAUGAUAGCGGUACUUGUCUGCCGCUCGGCUCAAGACGAAACCAAGAGCCCUUGUGCCUUCGAUCUUCUCGCAAUGUCCCACAAGCACAAGUUACUGAUUUCUAUAAGCGACGCGACUUCAACUGGUCAAGAGCUUCACCCCUCGAUAGCGAUGUAGACAGACCUGCUUUAAGCACCUUGUCUCACAUUCCGCCACUUCAUGACAACCAAAACAACCGAAGCACUCCGUCUGCACUUCGAACCUUGCAAGACGAUGAUCUCGAGCUCAGCCCACUCAGUCCAGAUGUCUGCAUCGAACGCGGGCCUUCUCGAUACCACGCUAACCGUAAGCUACUCAACCGUGGCCAUACUUCAACCCCUUCUAAAGAACGAUCCUAUAUUGAUGAUCAGUCUGCCGCACAGCUCAAGGAGAACGUCAACCUGAGGGACGACAAGCUUCCAGACUGCGGCAGUCCACUCGCAACACGCAGUGCUCGUGCAGGCACUAAAUUCCAGCGCUCUCAAUACAACACGCUCACUUUCAACAUCAAUAAACAUAACUAAUGAGCAUGCUGCGACAAGUUCACCUUAAAAUAGCCUUCAGAGUUGGCGAGGCACGCGAGGAUCAGGAAGAUAUUGCUGCAAGCCACUAGAGGGGAUGAGAGGCCCCACCCUGUUAUGCGCGUAUUUUCCGUAGUCAAAGAUAAUAUCCGC